GAGACCACAUUAGGUUUGGGUGGAGCACUGCGCUGUGUCCGUUCACAGAGCGCACGUCGCACAGUCUGUCCGGCUGUUUGAUCUGGUGUAUGGGCCACCAUGGCGAAGAACUUCAGCUCUUUAGAGAUUCCUGUUGGUCACUUGAGCCAGGCGGUGUCAGAUGGAGAGUUGAACAUGUCUGCGCGCGGCUGCGGAGGCAGCAGCUCCAGCCUUCCAGGAACGCCAGGCGGGGAGGCCGGCCGCGCCAACAGCGUGCUGAGCUGGGCCGUCUCGUUUGAGAAGCUGCUGGGGGAUCCCUGCGGGGUUCAGUACUUUACGGCUUUCUUGAGGUCUGAAGUAAGUGCUGAGAACAUUUUAUUCUGGCAGGCUUGUGAAAGGUUCAGGAAGAUCCCCUCCACUUCCUUGGAUGAGCUGAAAGCAGCAGCUCGCACCAUCUACAACACCUACCUGUCCAACAGCGCCGUCUACUCGGUCAACAUCGACGACACGGCGAAGACGCAGGAGAAGGACCUGGAGCAGCCCACGCCUGACAUGUUCAGCAAGGCUCAAGCUCAGAUAUUCAAACUGAUGAAGAUGGACAGCUACAUGCGCUUCGUUCGCUCUCCUCUCUACCAGAGAUGCACUUUGGCGAGUGUAGAAGGUAAACUCCUCCCUCAGCUGUCUCUGGAGCCCAGCCGCACGGGAUCCUGGGACGACGUGGCCUCCAGGAGCCCCCUGAAUGACCCCAAGAAGAAGAAGUCCGACUCGAACAGCUUGCCAAGUGGAAAGAGCGCCUCUGAGAAGCAGCGACAGAAAAGAGGAUCCUGGGGAGCAGAUGCGUCCAACACUCAGGGUUCAAUUUUCCGGAAAGAGUUCCAUAUGCCCAUCAAGUCGACCAGCAGCGUGGAGCUUGGCUCCCUCUACAGUAAUGCUGAGAAUGGCAGGCCGAGCCCCCGCGGCGCAGAGCAUGCCGGCGGAGCCGGGAGUCGUCUCGGGGUGGAGGGGGGGUACUGCUGCGUCUACCUGCCCGAUGGCAGCGCCUCCCUGGCCCCAACACGCACCGGCCAGCCCAUCAAAGACAUGCUGGCCAGCCUGUGUGAGAAGAGAGGCUUCCCACUGAAGGACGUCAUCAUUUACCUCCAGGGCAAGGACAAGCAGCCGCUGUCGCUGGACCAGGACUGCUCUGUACUGAGAGAUCAGCAAGUUUCUCUCGAGCUCAGAGUGACGUUUGCGCUGGAAAUUGCCUUCACUGGCAAAACGGUGGGGAUCAUGGCGAAGUCUAGCAAGUCGCUGCAGGACGCCCUCUCUGCAGUGAUGCUCAAGCACCAUCUCAAGCCACAAGAGGCCUUUGUCACCAUGGUCGGAAGCGACAAGCCGGUGAAUAUGAGCAGCACCGUGUUCAAGCUGGCCAACAAGAAACUGCGACUCGACAGAGCUAAAGGUAAAGACCAGGCCAACAGUUCUAAGGGUGGUGGAUCCUCGGCAGUCACACAGGCAGGAGCGGCGACCGCAGGUCCGGAGACUCGGCCCUCGUCGAAGGCAGACGGACCCAAGACUCGACCCAGUAAGAACCGCGACAUGGAUGGUUUUCUGGACAUGUUGACGAGGGCUCAGGGCUGCAGGGUGGACGACCAGCGAGGCCUUCUGACCAAAGAGCAGCUGGAGAUUCCUUCGUUCCUGCAGCUGCCCUCAGAGCAGCGAUCGGAGCCCGACGAUCCCGGGACGAGCGGCUCUUCCGCCGACGACUCCAGAGCGGAAGCACAAGACAAAAUGCAGGAAACUUCAAAUUCAGGAGCCGCGGCGGAGGAAACCAGUGAAUCCACUGAGCCCAAAGACCUGAGGGAAACGGAAGUUUGAGAGACAAUUAGGUUUCAACACACGAAUGGAGGGACAGCAUGGACAACAUUUCAAAGGAUUGUUCCGACUCGUCAAAAAACUUGAUUUUGAUGUGAUUUUAGCACUUUUAAACAAAACUGUUUACGAAUAAGCUCUGAGACAGCAGUGUGCUGUUUCUGCUACUGGGACUGGUCUUUUAGACCAAUAUGUAAAAUAAAUCCCAUUGCAAGCAGGUGGUGUCAUUUAGAAACACUACACAUCCCGAGGGAAAUUGUUUGCUAUGAUUUGUUGAAUCCGCUCAAAAAUGUAAAGACUUUUAACCCCAUAUUUCACCCUGAAACUCGAUUGAAGCUUCGCUUCAUUUCUAAUAGCUUUGUUGUAAUUUAUGCUCAGAUGUGAUCCUGAACUGGAACUUGUGACUGAAUAGGGUGUUUUUUUUGUUUGUUUUUUUUUUUUUCCUGUUUUGCACACUUGGUUGAUUAAUGAAUGUUUAUUCCAGUUUGAAGUGGUUGUGUUGUGUUUGUGUGUUUAAUCGUGAUGUGCAGAUGUUCCUCUGGUGUGCUGUGAGCAAAUAUUUCCAAACCCUUGCCAGGACUUGUUUUAUUCAGGCUACAUGUCAGGGUUGUGCCUUUGAAUCAAUAAUGUGAUAUUACAGGGAAGGAAACGAUGAUUAUGGAGAAAAAAAAAUCUUUCCGAAGGGUGCAA